CUCAUACCCUCCAACAGCAGCGUCACGGCGACGGUAGCUGACGUCAUAAGGGCGCGCCUGCUGGGAUGUGCGACGCGGAAGAGGGAGGCUGCGGCGGAGGCGAGGGUGGGCAAUUGCCCCCGAGGGUCCCCCGGGGCAGCCGCCCCACGAAAUGCAUGAAGUGCAAAGAAGGCUCCCCGGCGCUGAUCAUCCGCGUUGGAGACGCUUUUUGCAAGGCCUGUUUCAAGGAUUAUUUCGUUCACAAGUUUCGAGCCACGCUUGGGAAGAAUCGAUGCAUUUAUCCUGGAGAGAAGGUUCUCCUUGCCUUUUCGGGUGGCCCUGCCUCCAGUUCAAUGGUGCGGCAAGUGCAAGAGGGCCUGAGUCAAGAAGCAGCCAAAAAACUCCGCUUCAAGCCAGGAAUCAUCUACAUUGAUGAAGGAGCUGUAUGUGGACAAAGCCUGGCCGCACGGGAAGAGGUCCGUAAGCAGGUGAAGGCAAUCUUGCAGAGCACCAGAUUCCCCUAUCACUUGGUGUGCUUGGAAGAGGUGUUUGACCUUCCUAGUUCGGUCCUCCAUUCAUUGUCCUGCAGCAUCACUGACCAGUGCCAUAACUAUAAGGAAGCUGUGGAUGGCUUCAUAAAACAGCAGUGUGAAAAGAAAGGGGACACAGUGGGACUGUGCCUGCAGGACCAAAUGGGAGAGCUUAGUGUGCAGGACUCCGCACAGAAGGAAAAGGGAGCAACUUCAGGAACUGAGACACCUGCUUUCCAUACAAAAGAACUUAUCAAACUCUUUGGGGCUGUGAAGACCUUGACUGCCAAAGAGGAGUUACUGCAGACCCUCCGGACCCACCUGAUUUUGCAUGUGGCCCGGACAAAUGGAUACGCCAAGGUGAUGAUGGGAGACAACUGUACCCGUCUGGCUGUGAAGCUCAUGACCAAUCUCUGCCUAGGACGAGGUGCCUUCCUUGCUUCAGAUACAGGUUUCUUGGACAACCGCCACGGUGACGUGCUCUUCUUACGCCCAAUGCGGGAAUAUGCUGCCAAAGAGAUUGCCUUCUACAAUCACUUCUUUGGUGUGCCCAAUGUCUUCACGCCUGCGCUGGACACCAAAGCCUCAGAGAGAGCCAGCAUUCACCAUCUGAUUGAGAGUUUUCUCUACAAGUUGCAGUCCGAGUUCCCCUCCACCAUCAGCACAGUCUACCGAACAGGAGAGAAGCUCUCUGUGAACCCGCGAGAUGGUAAUGCCAAAGAACCUUCAGAACUAGCACAAUGCCUCUUAUGCCUCUGUUCCCUGGACACAAAUGUUGUGGACGGCUCUUCCUUGCAGUCGACGCUGCUGUCGGAGCAGCUCUGCCAGAAGCUUCCGGCUGCAUCACCUGAUGGGAACAGCUGCUGUGGAGGGACUGGGAACCAGAUGGGAUGCUGCAGAUGCCGUCCAGAAACGGGAGAUGCUUCCCUUCACACCGAGCUUCUCCCAUUGCUUUGCUACAGCUGUCGCCGGACCAUCAAGGACAUGAAGUGUUUGGAGUCUCUCCCACCCUACAUCCACUCAGAGGCUGAGCGUCGGCGAUGCAGAGCUGCAAUGAAGCGAGAAAUCCAAGAGUUUUUGCUUGAGGAGGGCCCUGAGAUGACACUCGAUGCACCAAUGUGACAGUUUGCCUCUUCAGUGUUUUGAACUUUUUGGGGGCUUGGGACAAAAGAGGCAGAGCACAGCCAGAGCUAGAAAUCACCACCAAUGCUGAUAGCUGCCGAUGACUCCUUAUCCUUUUGUUCCUUGCUGAAUUAUAUAGUAUGUUUUCAAAAGCAAAUACAUUAUUUUGAAUCUCAUAGUGAUUGGCACACAGUCGCUGACUGGGCUCAGGUUGGCAUGAAUUUGGAGACAGACAUGCUAUAGAUAAAGGCUAAAUUUAACUUGCAAA